CGGUCCAAAGGAAACCCGACUCGCUGCUCGUCUCCGCCCGCUGCUGCUGCUGCUGCGAGAACACGAGCUCAUUGGCUGAUGGAGGUGAACAGCUGGUGGAGCUGCUCCUCCUGCCGCUGCCGUUAAAGCGUCGCAGAAGAGGACGCAGUGAGAUGACGUCAUUAAAAGCUCAGACGAUGGAAACAUGACGUUUCUGUCGGCUUCAUGUGUUCGUGUGAGGAAGGCUCCAGCCUCCUCAUCGCUCCACACAGCUGAUGCUCUCCGCUCUUCAGGCUUCAUGGACGCCAUCAUUUAUUCUCUCAGUCUGGUUCUGGUUUCAUCCACAAACAGCUUUUACUCCUCACACAACAGGAAACUCUUCUUACACAUAUUUUUUUUAUUUCCGAUGUUUCCACUCAGGAUUUUUUUAAGCUGAAAUUGAAAAUGUGCAUUGAAACAUUUGGACACGUACUUCAGAUAAUGUGCAGUGGAGGUGGGCGAUGACACAAGAUCUGAUACCAAGUAAUACCAGAGAGACUAUCGGUAUUAAAAUCAGAAUCACUGAUAUCAUUGAUCAUCAUUAAAAGCAGCUGCUGUAAUAUGUAAGGGAGAGAAAUGUGUCAUUAAAACACAACUAAUACGGUGAUCGCCGUGCAGCGGGGCCGCAUCACGCUGGUCCUGACACUCAAAACAAGACUCAUUGGUAGUUUAGACACUUUCUUCGAACACGCAGUGAUGUGUGGUGGAGCGUGAGCAGUCUGAUGCCCUGAAAGCAGCGCAGUAACGCUGUAAAUCCUUCCACGCUGUAAACCUGCUCUCUCCUGCUUUCUCUCUCAAACUCAUCUACAAACAGCUGCCGAAGUGUUUCCGCGCUAACGUUGCUCCUCUCAGGUGAGGUCGGCGUGUGUUUAAGCUCAGCUCACACAGCCACAGUCUAAUCUGAUUUGUGGGUCCUAUAAUUAGAAGAGCAGGGCGACUGAAGGAAGGCUUUCCUCCCAGCAGGAGAGGAGUGAAAGUCCGGUCACUCUUCAAAACCAGCCUGAACUGCGUCUUUCUCGGUCUGUUUAUGAUGUUGUCACCUCGCGGCUUCUCUUCUGGGUGAACAGAGUCGGCCUGUUCUGCAGGACGAGGCUCUGCAGCAGGGAUCUCCAGAUCUCCAGAGCUAAACUCUCCGUCGACAGACGACUCAAUGGAAGCAGAUUUCGCCGCAGAGUCGAAACUGAAACUGGACAGAGCGCUCCAGGAUCAACACAACCAGGAUCCUGAGAGUCUCCAACAGGAUCGGGAGCAGCAAAGUCUUCACUCUGGUCUAGAGCAGGUUCAGGUUCAAGACAAAGAUAGUACUCAAGAUGAUGUCGAUGCCAAAGAACAUAAAAAAUGUCCUCCAGAUCCACCUCAGGACCAGCUGGAGGUGCAGGGACUCGACCAGAAUCCAACAGGAGAUAACGACCGAGGCAGAGCUUUAGCCUCGCCUCAGGAUCAGGACCGAGCCGAGCUUCAGGGACACACCGGCUCAGACCAGGACCAGGACCAGGACCAGAUGACUGCCGCGGCCCAUCAGGAGGCAGCCGGGGAGUCAGGUGGCAGCGUCCCAGCGCUGGUAAUCACUCAGGCAGAGGAGUCUCUGCGACCAGCACCAGUGACUCCAGUACAACCAGCGGAGCCUCGGAGACCGCAGAGACCUGCGGACCUGGUGAUCCCUGUGAUCCCCGCAGAUCCCAGUCUGAGUUCCAGCAGUGAUGGAGGAGACAUGGCCUGCUCCGACCUCCUGUCUCUGAGGAGCGACUCCUUAUCUCUGACCAGCGAGCCGGCCAUCUCCAGGACGAGCGAGGAGGAUGAUAGCAGGAGUGUCGCUGCUUCCUCUGUCAUGUCUCUGUUCCAGAGGGUGCAGCUGGACCCUCUGGAGAAGGACUGGUUGCGGAGCUCGGCUCUGGGGAACAUGGCUGCCCAGCGUCACCUGCUGUCUCAGGAGCCCAGCCUCGUGUUGAAGAAGGAUUUCAUCACUGGGACGGCGCUGCACUGGGCAGCCAAGCAGGGCCGUCAGGAGGCGGUGGACAUGAUGCUUCGCUCCGGAGCCGACGUCAACGUCAGAUCGCACGUAAGGGAUGCUAAAACCAGCAUAAGAGAUUAUCACGGGAAGACGGCCGUUCACUACUGGAGCGGCUGCACCGACGUCUUCAGCAAACCGGACUCUCAGUCAGGUGGGAGGUUUCAUCGGGGAAGACAGACGCAGCGUUACGCUCUUCCUUCUUUACUGCUGUCUCGCUCUCGCAGUCAGGGACAGCUCAACCUGGAGUUCGGGACGGUGCCUCAGUCUGCGUCUCAUGACGUGUUGGACCUCCAAGUAUGACUUUUACGUUCCUGCCGGAAACCUUAUGAAACAUUGCCACCCGCACCUACCGCCUCCCAGGACGGCAGCAGACUCACGCCUCGUUCUUCUCUGGCGUCACGAGACCAGCGACCGUCACCACAGCCUGCGCCGGGCCCGACGCGCGUGGCCCAGCAGUCGAUAAGACCUGAGUAAAAAUGGAACCGUGACCGCGAGCGUUCCCCGACCUUAAUGAGGCGGUUUUCACUGGCUGAACUCCAGAUUUCAGUGGAAGUGAUGGACUGGUCCUCACUCUGCGUAAAAAUGUAUUCAAACGUUUAUCUGAAGUUAAUGAGUGAAGAUCUCAGGCUGCUGAAGCCUCAGAGGAACUCAGUCUGUUUUCACCUCGUUUCUUAGUUCAGUCACAAACCAAACACUCGAAACCAAAGAACUGAUUUGCUGAUAUAAAGUGUGAUCCAGCAGCACUGCAUCGCCCCCAACACAAACAGGUUAACGUCUUUCUUACGAGAAUAUAGAGGUGGACACACACACACACACACGCACACACACACACACACUUUUCAACCAUCCUGACCCUUCAUGUUAAACACUUAAAUACCUCAUACACAUUUAUUUUAUCUUAUACUUAUACCCACCUGGUACUUCAUUUAUUUUCUGACCUGUAUUAUAGUGUAUUAUAUUGUUUGCUAGUACUUUCUCCUGUGUGCACUGACGUAAAGGCGAGCUGCUGUAACAAAGAGUUUCCCUUCGGGGAUCAAUAAAGUAUUUCUGAUCUGAUUCUGAAACAGCUUGUGUUUAGGAGACGAGGAGGAACGGCAGCUUUUCACAGAGAGCUGAAUUCAACCCUAAUCCAUGUCUAUACAAACAAUAUAUUACAUAUUAUAUACCAAUUCAAUAAUUCGGCUCUCGAUUAUAAUAAUGAAUGCACAUGAAUUACUAAUUUGUGCUCUCGAUUUAAUAUCGAGAGCACAAAUUAUUAUGCAAAGUAAUAAGCAAUACAGAAUUAUAAAAUUACCUGUAAUUGUAUUUUGUUGAUGUCUAAUUAAUGUAACUUUUCGCUGAGGGAAUGAAUUAUAGGGCUGCAACUAAUUACUGUUUCCAUUGUAGAUUUAUCUGUGGAUUAUAUUUUCUAUUUAUUGACUCACUGUUGAGCCAAUAAAACGUCAAGAAAUUGUUUUAAAAAAACCUGUGAAUUUCUUCUUCUCUCCUUCUUCUUUGUGUUUAAUGUUAUAUAAUAUUUGGUGAUGUUUUAUUCCACAAUAAUGUAUAGAUUUUAUAAACACUACAAAUCUCAAUCAGCUCAACUGUUAUGGUUAAUCUGCUUUUGUAAAUUUAGUUUUACAUUUAAAUGACAAACGGUUCAAGUCAAAGUAAACUUUGUAAGGACCACUAGUGCAAAAAUGUUCAUAUUCUCUCAUCACUUUGUAAUAAAUGGCAGCAGCGAGUGCUGUACAUGAGUUUUCCACUAACCUGGCCAGCUUUGGGGCCUUUCGCUCAUUUGAACUGCAUCAAAUGAAAUAUGAGCUGUUUACAUCAUCUCCAGAAAACUGUGGUUUGCAAAUUAGAAAGUUCUGACAUUAAAAAGUAAAUUCAG